CCAGUUUGAAGAAAUCCUCACAAAAUUAUUCACUGCAUAUUGUGGGCGUGGACUGUUUGAACCAUCCAAUCACAACGCUUGUGUAUUGACUCUCCAGCCAUGACAACAAACUUUCGCCAUUGCUUGGAGUUGGACGAAGUGAGACAGAGCGUCGUAGUAAAUGUAUCUGUGUUAAUUGCAGUUAAGACAAAUGUUUCUGCGAGGAUGAACGGAUUCAGCACUGGCGAAGAAGAUUCAAGGGGCCCACCAGACCAAGUGUGCUGUCUAGUGGAUGAUGGAGAGAGAUGUAUGCGACCAGCUGGUAACGCGUCAUACAGCAAACGAAUACAAAAGAUCGUCACUCAAAGAAGAUUAAAACUGCACAUAGACCGUGUGGCGAGGCACAUAUACAUAUGUGAUUAUCAUAAGACUGUCAUACAGUGUGCACGAACAAAACAAAGACGAAGGAAGGAUUCAGAAGAUGACUCAAAUGAAACUGAUACAGAUGUUCCUGAAGUGGACUUGUUUCAGCUGCAGGUGAAUACGUUACGAAGGUACAAACGCCAUUACAAAGUGGCAACGAGGCCAGGCAUAAACAAAGCUCAAUUAGCUGAUACACUGAUGAAGCACUUUAAAUCCAUACCUGUUAAAGAGAAGGAGAUAUUGACUUUCUUCAUUUACAUGGUGAAAACCAACAGCAAUAAGCUUGAUCAGAAAAACGGAAUAAAUGUUGAUGCAACGUAGAUGAUUUUACUAUGAAAUAUUCUUGUAUGUGCUGUUCGUGGGUCUUCUGAAUCGUGUACAUAGAUGAAUACUGUUGAAAUUUUGCAGUGGUCUCAACUGCAACUUGUGAAUUGCAUUUUGAAAAUGAAGAAAGGGAAGUGUAGGACCUUUGCAUUUUUUGGUUACUGUUUUGUAAAUGUUUGUUACUUAGUAAAUGAAAUCAAGUGACAAACAGCUAUAACAGUAUAUUUACAUGCAACAAAAGUGUUGCCAGUACCUUUUUUAUAUGUGGCUUGUUAAUCCGACAGUUAUUCUAUAGAUGUGAUGGCAUUGGUAUAGCUGCACUUGAAUCCAAAUACAAUUGAUGAUGAAGAUAAAUUUGGUGCAGCAGCACAGUUUAUGAUUAAGAAGUCACUAGAAAAGUUACAUGUAAUGGCAACCAACAUUAUCAGCUGGAUAAUUUCAGAAAUUUGGCAUCUUCAUCAUGUAUACUAUAGUCCCUACAUCCCACCAACAGUCAGAUGGAUGAACAGCAGUGUUUGCCAGUCAUGAAGCACGUCAAAUGGCAGAGAAAUAGAGAUUGUGAAUUGAAAACAGUGGAAGCUGCAACUGAAGAAAGAACAAUUGAUUCAAAGGAGAUGCUGAGUUUAGCAUAAACACCAUGGAGCUGUCAACACUUGAUUAUCAUUGUUUCAUUAUGCUUCUAAGACAGUACUCUUGUGAAUGAUGAGUGUAUUUGAACAAAAAUGUAUUGCAACUAAUUUAUUAAAGUUGAAUUACCAGAGA